AUGAUCAUAGAGCGUGAACUCCCUCUUUUGAGUUUGAAACUUACAUUGAUCGUUGUUUCGAUUUUCCUUUUUCUUAUAAACCGACCAAAUCUUGAUCUAAAAAACUAUGGCAGAGAAACCAAGAACGUGCAUGAGCAUGAAGUGCCAAAGGUAGCAACGGAGGAAUCAUCUGCGGAGACGGGAGAGGUUACAGAUCGUGGUAUGUUCGACUUCUUGAAAAAGAAGAAUGAGGGAAAAAAAUCAGAAGAGACGAUCAACUCAGCGUUCGAGCAGAAGGUUCAGGUUUCUGAGCCGGUCCCUGAGGUUAAACACGAGGAAGAGGAGAAGAAGCCUAGUCUCCUUGAAAAACUUCACCGAAAUGACAGCUCUUCUAGCUCCUCAAGCGAGGAAGAAGGUGAAGAUGGUGAGAAGAGGAAGAAGAAGAAAAAGGAUAAGAAGAAGACUGCUACUGAAGGAGAGGUGCAAACAGAGGAGGAUAAGAAAGGGUUUAUGGACAAGCUCAAGGAGAAGCUUCCAGGACACGGAAAGAAACCCGAAGAUGACUCAGCCAUUGCGGCUGCACCGGUUGUUGCUCCUCCUGUGGAGGAAGCGCAUCCGGCUGAGAAGAAGGGGAUCUUGGAGAAGAUUAAAGAGAAGAUUCCAGGAUACCACUCAAAGACCGAUGAGGAGGAGAAGAAAGGUGAUCACUGAAAACAUGAAUACUAAUAAUGAUGAGAGACAUGGUGUGUUGUUUCUGAUGGAUGAUUAUCAUCUUUUUUCUUUUGUGCUGUUGAAGUUUGUUGGCUUCUUUAUAGUUUAUUUCACAGUUUCCCUAUUUUUCUCUUUGUUGUGUGUUUAGUGUAUGGUUUGUAUUUUGAAGUUAUGAAUAUUUCCAUUCCUUUUAGU